AGCGAAUCGCUGUAAACUCUUCUUAAACUAAGAUCGGGUCGCUUCCCGCUCUCCUUCGCCAUGGACGAACUCGAAACAUCGAAUUUGGCGCGGAACCACAAUAUUUAUACGGAUAUUUCAUAUUAACUAUUUAGGAUUACUGUCACACACACUGGGUUCACUCUCUGUCAUUAUACAAGUAACAGAUGCCGCUUCUUUGAGUACAGCAAAGUACAAAACAGAAGUGCUUACUGAAAGAUGUUUUAAUUGGAUAAGGAUCGUUGCUACGCAACCUUGAAACUGAUACCCCGCUCACGCUGAGUCGUUCAGAGCGCUAUAAAGUUCGUUAUGUUUAUUGGAUAACUCUGCUUCACCUGUUUUAGCAACAGAGUUAAUAAGCAGACGGGGGCGAAGCUCUUCCAAACUCAUAUUCCAUGAAAAGAUUGACUCCUAUCGGCAAGUUUUGGGCUCCAUGUAAAACAGAACUCGUAAGCAUGUUGAAGGGAGGGUUUUCUGUGGGCUUCCUAUGUGCAGUGGCCUGGGUCUGGAUGAGUAUUCUGACCAUGACAAGAUGUGAACCUAUUCUAGAAUGCGACCCAGUAAAAGCAGUUCCCGCCGGCCCAUUCUUCCCAGGGAAUUUAACACAGAUCAGACUCAAGUGCCGUCACUCAGCCCUGUCAAAAGGGGCUGCCUAUGACGUCAGAGCUUGCAUAUACCUUCCAUACCCACUGUCCUACGAAUCGACGUCUAUCAGAGAUUACGCCCAAGAAUGGAACGAAAUUGGGUACCAGACAGGGUCACGUGUUUAUCGAUAUGAAGCCCUAGAGCAGUCAAAGAUGGUUUCUAUAGGCAUGUAUGUGUUCUUCGACCUGCAAAAGACCACGGAUAAGGGCAAACUUAACAGGGUGACCAUGCACCUUAGAGUAGAAUAUAAGGCGAAUAACACGGCGUGUUCCUCGAAGAAAGAAGUCCAGUUGGAUUAUUCGAUGGAAAUGUAUCGUCCAGCUUCUCCAAACUUCACAGCACUUGGGAUGCAGUACGGCGCUAUCAAAGAGAGCCAGCUGCACAUGUCUGCUUUUAAUCCAACAUUUGGGUUCGGACCACUGCAUUUUGCUCGGCUGAAUGAUCCCCAAUCAUCAUAUCAAGGAUGGUCAGUUCCUAAAGAUCUCAGAAAAGACAAGGGGUUGUACGCACAGUUCGAUUUUAAAAGACUGGUGGACUUGGAACUGAUUGCUACUAAAGGCAGGUCUUCGGAGCACAUAAAAGAGUUUGAGUUAAUGUUCAGCACCGAUGGAUUAAACUGGAAGCCGUACAAGGGAGCCAAAGGAAAGAAGGUCUUACAGGGAAACGAAGGGAUCGAGGUCGUAUUUAAUGUAAUGGUUGGUCCCAUUCAAGCACGUAUGCUAAGGAUAUUACCCACUUUGAUCAGGAAGGACCCUCGAGCGCAGUUCGAGUUCUAUGGCAGUUAUUCACUGGAACCACCUUUGGAUGACCUAGGGCUAGUUUACCAUAUUCCGGAUAGUUCUAUCACAGCUUCAAGCAGCGCUGUUGGGAAAGAUCCGCCUGCGGCCAGACUGAAUAACGAAACGGGCUGGUGCACAGGCAUCAAGGACGAAUUGCAGUAUCUUCAAGUGGACUUACAGAACCCUACUAUCAUAACAGGGUUUACUGUUCAGCCUCACGCAUGCGCAUAUCAGGACGACCCCCAGUGCCUACAUAGAGUGACGUCAUUGUACUUAGCCUCGUCCUCAGACGGCACUAGCUGGCUUCCGUACAUACAGAAUGGAGAGGAUAAGCUGUUCCUGGGUUCGUUGGUCGAAACAUGGCCACCACGCACACCCUCCUUCGACCAAUAACCGCGCGAUUCAUCCGACUCGUGCCAAAGACCUACAUUACCGAUAUUUGCAUGCGAGCUGAGCUGUACAGGGCAAACAGUUCUGUUACCUCAGAGCCGGUCACGUUUGCAAGGAGCAUGCUCUUGGUCCCUGACGAGGAUGUCCUGUUCAUGUGCAGCGCUGAGCAUUAUGGGUAAGGAAAACUU